ACAUGCCACAUGCCACAUCCAUGCCUACCUACCCUACCAUAGAGCAUGUUGAAGAUUAAAACAAAUCAGACCCAAGGAGACAGCUGGAGCAUCGUGGAAAAAGAUAGCAGAGAGGAGUAUCUCAUAACAAGGUGUGGCUGUCUGACACUGUACCUCAUCUGACCAAUCGGAGACAUUUAUCUCCUCUAGGGACAUCUGCACAUUCCCCAGGGAUAUUGACAUCUCCCGUUACCCCGCUCUUCUGACCCUGGGCCAAAAACACACCCCCAAGAGUAGAGCUGGGCACCAUAAUAUUUACUACGACUACAGUUUUAUCACGCUUGUAUUCUGAUGCACGUUGGCCAACACUUCACAAUGAGUCCCGAUACUCUCCUUCGUUCUGAGGGAGAUGGUGUAUCCGCAUUUGACAUUUGAAUUACAGCAGAAGGAAGCUCGGUUGGACUGUCUUGUUGAGAACAAGGAAGUGCAUUAUCAAAGCAUUUUUUCUGUUGCAAUCAGCAACCGUGAAAAGCACAGCUGGGAUCCCUCUGUAAAAAUGAACUCCUCUACAAUGGAAGUCACUCCUCUGUUUUCCAACCAGUCCUCAGAGAGCUGUGGAGGGGAGACGACCACAGAGAACCUGCUCUUUGGGGGAUACUACAUCCUGGUCUUCCUCCUGGCCUUGAAUGGAAAUGGUGUGGCCCUCUGGAUCUUCUCCCGCCAGCGUGGCACUUCUUCCCCAGCCAACGUCUUUCUCUUGCACCUAGCCAUAGCUGACAUCUCUUAUGUGAUCAUCUUACCCCUACGGGCCACGUAUCACCUGACUGGGGGGCACUGGCCGUUUGGAGAAGUGCCUUGCAGAGUGGCCGGGUUCCUGUUUUACGUCAACAUGUACGCCAGCCUCUACUUCUUGGCCUGCGUGGCCGGCGACCGCUACCUGGCCGUGGUCCACGCGGUGCGGUCGCUGAAGGUCCGCCGCGCCCGCUACGCCCACGCCAUCAGCUUCUCCCUCUGGGCCCUGGUGACCGUCUCCAUGGCGCCCCUCCUGGUCAGCCAGCAGACCUCCGAGGUGGACGGGGUGACCGUGUGCUCGCAGCUGUACCGGGAGAAGGCCUCCCGCCGGGCGCUCGUCUCCCUGGCGGUGGCCUUCACCCCGCCCUUCCUGGCCACCCUCACCUUCUACCUGCUCAUCAUCCAGAGCCUCCACCGGGGCUCCAGGCUGGAGCCGGCCCUCAAGCUGAAGGCCCUGCGCACCAUCGGCCUCGUCCUGCUCAUCUACGUGGUCUGCUUCCUGCCCUACCACGCCAGCCGCGCCAUUUUCAUCCUGGGCUACGGCCACCCCGGCAUCUCCUGCCGGGCCAGGCGCGGCCUGAUGCUGGCCAACCGCCUGACCUCAUCCCUCACCUGUCUGAAUGGAGCCCUGGAUCCCCUCGUCUACCUGUUUGGGGCAGAGAAGUUCAGGGACAGCCUGCAGAGGCUCUUAUGCCGGGAUAAGGCAGGGGGGUCUGGCGCCACCAGUGGGGAGCUGAAGGGAACCCACGAGAGCUCUGUGAGCGCCAGGUCCGAGUUCUGAAGAGGACAAGCUAGCCAGGCCUUUGCCACGGCCAUUUUUAGGAGACCUGCCAUAUUCGUGCAAUUCAUCCUUCCAAAUGAAAACGCUCUGUGGCCUCUGCUUACAACCACAGAAACGAGUACAAUUAGUUACUUUGAUUUCCCCUAGGGAGUUAAAAGCUAUUAAUUCAUUAUCCCGGUCAAAAUGUAUUGCAUGCUGUUUUUUCCAGGUGUGGCAGGUUGGUGUUGCUGCCUGUCCUUUCAACCAAAAAAGUUAAGUGCCUAUGAUAGUGAACGGAGAAGUCAGAACAUUGUUAGCACGUCACUGAGGAUUUGCAUGUUCCCUGACAAAAUGAAUUUAGAUUCUAUAUAUAUCUAUAAUUCAGCAUUUAUUAUAAUCAUCUUUUAUUACCUGCUUGAGUAUUCUUGUUUUGAACUUCAGGUGCAGCUUCGGUGCUUAGUGGUGUAAAUAUUUACAUCACCCAGGGACAGCCCCGGCUAACAAUUUUUGGUUCUUGGAACAUUCCCGGAACGUUAUGAAAAUAAGGGCAAACGUUCCCAGCAUGUACAUUUGUUUGCCGGAUGGCCCUUGAAAGUUACCUUGAUGUAACGAGAAACAUUUCAGAAACAUCCUUAGAACAUUAUAUUCAGUUUCCAUCCAUCCGGCCAUGACCUGUACCCGCUUAUCCUGGGCAGGGUCAUCAUGGGUGGGUGGGUGGGCCCAUUCACAGCGCAUUGGGCGAGAGGCACGAAGACAUCUCGGACAGGCCGCCAAUCUAUCUUAGGGCUAUGUUCGUUUUAUAAAUGAAUAUAGCCCUGGGAUAGAUUCUAUGUUCAUUUUAUGAGUAAUGUAGCAAUGCUCACCAGAUCUGCAAUUUCAAAACUUUCUUUUCUCAAACAUAUGACAUGGCAAAUCUCCCAGAAUAUUUUUUCAAAUUUCCCAGACUUGUUACUAGUAAGUCUCUGAUAUAUUUGGAACAUUUAAUUUUUUAUUUUUUUAAGAACUUGUUUGGAACAAUAAAAUGAACAUUCUCAUCAUAACACAUCUGACAACCAAAUGGAAAUCGAACUGGACUCUUUCCGAACGUGCUGGAAACGUUUUGGGUUAGCUGGGGCAAAACAUUAUAACAUUACAAUAAAAGCAUUCAGUCCUUAAAAAAUAAUAGAAGUUUUCACUGUCUGACUAUUCCUUACAGUCAGUACAUUGAUGUAUAUAUUUUGUGAAUUAACUUGUAUUUCUUUUACAUAACAUUCCCUUACACUGUCUUGACCUAUUAAGAUAUUUUAUCACGUAGCAUUAACAUCUACCAAAAUAUGGAACUAUACAUCGUAAUACAGGGAAAUGUGACUUUACUGGCUAUAAUGCAUAUUUUACAUAUCCUAAGAUCUUAGCUGCAAUACCAUUGUAUAUCAGUCCUUCACAGUCCAAAUCCAGUUAUACAUAUGAGAAGUCUAACUGUCCUUUUUUUUCCUUCAGAGGCUUAAACAUGUUAUGAUACUGCAAGGUACGAUUUGGCCACGUGCAAAAGUUAUUUUGCCUUGACUAAUACCUUGAACUUUUGCUAUUACUUGUUUGAAUAUUUGUCCUAUUAUUUAUUCAACUCCCAGUGCCUUCCAUAAUGUAUUGUAAAUCAUUAAACGGCAUUGAAAAAAUAA